UCUCUUGGCCUGCAAAGUUCUAUUUUUAAACCUCUUUUUUUUUCCACAUAAAACCCAAGCCUUUGUUAUUAUUAUUCCUUUACGCCCUUUUUAUUAAAAAGAAUUAGUAACAUGAGUUUGAAAGGAUUACACUUUUCGUACAACAAAUUUAAAACCGAUGUGCAAUCGCAGAUUGCCAAGAAUAACCCAAUGCAAAAGCAAGACACCAAGAGUCUUUCCAUGUGGAUCUUCCAGGAACGCAGUGAUCUUGCAACUAUGCGUACCAUGGCCUAUCAACGCACUGAAACGAUCAAGGCUUUAAAGGAUUGGGUCCAGGAAGAAGUUGAAGAAGAAAAGACGGAAAAUGGACGUGAUUUAGAGGAUAUUGUAGGUGACAAGUUAACCAGGUUACUCGACAAACAGAUCGAGAUCGAGCAAGAGUAUGCUAAUAAGUUUCAACAAUAUCGUCACGCUGUUAAAUCUAUUCGGGAUAGAGAGGAGAAAUUGUCAGACGCAAGAGAAAAGAAGCGUUCCCUUCAAUCACGUAUCCUGAAUCUUAGCAAAACCAGCCCAAAAUCACCAAAGUUACCGGAGUUUCAAAGAGAAUUAAGAUCAUUGGCCCAUGAAACACAUGAAAGUGAAAUGGAUUUAGCUGAUUUUAAAAGAUUUGCACUCAAGGAAGCCUUCUACCUUCGAUUUAAUGCCAUGAAUGAAUAUGCUGAAAAGACUGCUUUAAUUGCGGGUUUCGGUAAAUACUUGACAGAUUUGAUUGAAAUUGAGCCUACCCCACCUACCCAGCAACAUAGAAGCCCGUAUGAAAAGGGUCCUGAAGCCGCUAUUAUCUUUGCUGAUGCAAUGAAUGCUGUGAAUGAUUGGAAGCCAAAGGCCGCAGAUGAAAGACCUACCCUUGCAAAUACCGAUGUAGUAGAUACCGGUAAAGGAAAGGAGCCUGAAGGAACAUCGGCCCAAAAACCAACACCACCUGAACUUCCACCUAGACAGCCUUCCCUUGAAAGUAUUGUUGUUAAUCAACCUACGGGUUACACUGCCGACGAGAUCUCAAAUGCUACGGGUGAUUUAAAAACAGCUCAUGAAAACGAAAUUGACCUUGACCAAAUUGACUUGUAUGAUGCACCACCACCUGCUUAUGAUGAUCCACCAAAGCAUAUCUCCUCCCCAAUGAAUUCUGAUCAUCUAACUGCCCAGCACCACGAUAGUUAUACUUUCAGUUCACCUUACCAGACUAGCGCUAAUUUGCCUCCUGCCCCUCAACCUCAACAUCAACAAUACCAUCAAAUUUUUGAAUCCCCUGCUCCUAUGCAUCAACAAGCACCUUAUCAACAUUUAAACCAUUAUCAACAUCAAGAUAGCACUUUUUAUGAUCCUACAAACGUAAUGUAUAAUACUCAAGUCAAUUACCAGCAAUUGUAUCGUCAAGUCAGUCAGCGUAGACAACCUGCAGCCUAUAGACCUUAUUCUGAAUUCCAGCAACAAUUCAACCAAACUCACAGUGAAGGUCACGAAAUUUUGAGACAAAAGGUGAAUGCUGGUGGGUUCCGUAUUCCUGCACCUGCACCUGCCCAUGAUAGUGCUGAAGAUGAAAAGGAGAGGUUAGCUCAGCACUAUCGAGAACAAGAACAACAACAGCAGCAACAAUAUACCCAAUCACAAUACGGUGGAUCUCAAUAUGACGGUACACCUCGUUAUGAUGGUGCUCCACAGUACGACGGUGCAUCGCAAUAUGAUCAUGGAUCUCACUAUGGUGGUUCCCAAUAUGAUCAUGGGUCGCACUAUGCUGCGUCUCAAUAUGGAGGAUCACAAUAUGCCGGAUCCCAGUAUGAAGGCUCCCAGUAUGGUGGGCUUGCAGGAACCCCCAAUCAACAUUUGCAGCCUCAGAAUUCUAUUCAAAAGCCCUUGCCAACUGUUUCACCCCAACAGUCACCCCAGGUACAACCUGCGUCUCUUUCACAUAAUCAGGAAUUACAAAAACCUAAUUAUGAGCAGAAAACUCAAGAAGAAACGGAUUAAUCAAAAAGAAUAAAUUAUUGUAACAAUAUAAAAGUAGUUAGUUUAUUUCAAAAAAAAA